AUGGACGGAGAUCUCGCCAAGAAGAAAAUCUAUCCGACCUUAUGGUGGCUAUACCGCGACUCUCUUCUCCCAAACAAUAUAACUAUUGUUGGUUACGCUCGAUCAGAUCUCACAAUGGAAAAAGUGAGGGAAACGUUCGAGAAGGCUUGCAAGGUGCGGUUGAAUGAGCGUGAAAAGUUCGAGGAAUUUAUGGGGAAAUGCGCCUAUAUGCAGGGAGGAUACGACAAACCGGAGGGGUUCGUACAAUUGGGCGCAUUUGUGGACGAGAUACAAAAAAAGAGCAACAAUCAGCCCGUUAACCGUCUUUACUACCUCGCGGUUCCACCUACCGUGUUUGAGCCCAUUACUACCGAGUUGAAAGAACACUGUAUGGAUCACGGAGACUCAUGGACUCGCGUGAUUAUCGAGAAACCCUUCGGUCAUGAUCUCGAAUCGUCGACGAAACUAUCCAAACAUGUCUCAAGUCUUUUUAGAGAGGACCAAGUGUACAGGAUAGAUCAUUACCUCGGUAAAGAAAUGGUCCAAAAUCUGAUGGUGCUAAGAUUUGGCAACCGAUUUUUUGGAGCAUCAUGGAACAGAGAUAAUAUCGCAUCAGUAACCAUUUCAUUCAAAGAAAAUUUUGGCACAGGAGGAAGAGCUGGUUACUUUGAGACCGCCGGAAUCAUAAGAGAUGUAAUGCAAAAUCAUCUUAUGCAGAUGUUCACUCUUGUUGCCAUGGAAAAACCUGCCAGUUUGAAUGCUGAAGAUAUUAGGGACGAAAAG